AUGAGAACAAGAACUUGUGGAAUAUUCCAACCUUUUUAUGGCUUCACCAUGCCUAUGUUGGAUGGUGGAUACGGUAUGGGAUAUGGUUUCCCUUAUGGAUACGGUAGAGGCUAUGGGUACAGUUAUCCAUUUGGUUCUGAAAUGCUUUCAUACAGUGGUUUCAAUCCAAUGGCUUACGAUGGAUUUUUUCCAUUUAAAUAUGCAAAUAAACGAAGAAAAUUUUGA